UUUAGAUGAAAUCAUCAAUACGAUACUAGCUGCUAUGUACCAUUUCGUAAAUGACCAUGACUUGGUUUUUGCUGCAGGUUGGAUGGCCUUUCACACCAAGAAAUCACUACUACAAUGUAUUUCUUUGCAUUUAGAGACCGUCGACAACUGUGUAAUCUAAUAGAGACUGUCAGCAGUAUUUUCGAUUUUUGAAUCAAGUUGAUGAGUUAGGCCGACAUGAAUUUAUGAGGCCACGUCAGCUUUGUCAUUUCAUAAGCCUACUUAUUAAGCCCUCUUAGAUGCUAACUUGUCAAUAAUCCAUAAUUAGGUGAUUAAUGUCUAACUCAACUCAACCUAUCAAGUCAUCUUAAUCCUAAAGCUAAUCUCGAGCAACUUAAUUUGUCUAAAACUCCCACCUUACAGGUAUAAAUGGCACCUUCCAGUAACCAUACAAUCCAUUUUGCUCUCUUAUAUUUCAUUACGAUCUCCUCCUUAUUUUUUUCUUUGACCGAUUUAUGAUUUAAGUGGUGGGGCACAAACGUUAAAAAUACUCCCAACUUUUAUCUUUAAUAGUUCUCUUUCCCUUUCUUCUAUUUUCAGGAUUGUACUCGGAAAAGAGCAGCUUCACACCAACACUAAUCAUCAGAAUUCAAAUCUUGCCAAUCUCAAUUAUUAAAAAAAUAGAGACCAAAUUCGAGCAUUCGACUUAGUUAGUUGGUGCAUGAUUGAAAAGGAAGAGACCCACCAUAACCAUCAAGGUCCACACAACAGAAAUCAUUUAGAAGCUCUUUCAAUUGCGUUGUGUUGGAGAGAGAAAGAGAGAGAGAGAGGAUGGCCUCACUGAACUCCCCCAACUCAACUCCAUACUGCCCAACCUUUGCAAUAAGAGAAACAACUCAUCACAAAAAGAUGGCCUCACUAGACACUCCAAACCACUCUUUUUCAAUAACAGAAACUACAGUUCAAAGCUUCUUUAGAAGCAUCUCCACUAAAGAAACCUCCUUCAAUGGCUUCCAUUUCUCUCCACCUCGUUACAGCACUUCUACUUUAUCCUCACCUCUCUGCACGUUCAGCCCCACCCCUUCUCUCCACACCGUCACACCUGACACUUCCUAUAAAUGCCUAUCUUCAGUCCUUAAAAAAGAUGGUCAGAUUUUAGCCAUAGCCAUCUCAAAUGGGAUCAUUUACACUGGCUCUGAUACCAACUUGAUACGCAUAUGGAAGUUGCCUGAGUUCGCAGAGUGUGGAGUGCUAAAGACUAAGGCAUGCACUGUUGUUGCACUAGCAGUGUCCCGUGAAAGGCUUUUUGCAGCCUGUGGUGAUACCAAGAUUCGGGUGUGGCAAAGAACGUGGGAUGGUACGUUGAAGCAUGUCAAGUUGGCAACGAUCCCGACGACCGGAGGCUAUGUCCGGAGGUACAUUUCCGGUAAAGAUAAGAUGAUGAGGCAUACGGGGCCAAUAACAUCACUAGCAAUCAACACAUCAGAUAACAUUCUAUACUCGGCUUCCCUUGAUCGAACUGUGAAAGUUUGGAGAAUAUCAGACCUCAAGUGCAUUGAAAACAUCCCAGCACAUUCACAACCAAUCAAUGCUAUUAUUGUGGCUGAUGAUGGAAUACUCUACACUGCCUCUGAUGAUGCCACCGUCAGAGUUUGGCGGCGAAACUUUUCUAGAGGGGAGUGGCCACAUUCACUUAUGGUAACCCUCCCAGCCAAAUCCUCACCUGUUAAAACUCUAACUCUAACUGCAGAUGGGGGAGUGUUAUAUGGAGGGUGUACCGAUGGAUACAUAUAUUACUGGUUUAAAGGCUGGCUGUCAGGCCAACUGCAGUACGGUGGCGCUCUCCAGGGUCACACUCAUGCAGUUAUGUGCCUAGCCAGUGUGUCUAAUUAUGUGAUUAGUGGCUCAGCUGACUCAUCUUGCCGGGUUUGGACGAGGGAACAAGAUGGUCAACAUGUAUGUCUAGCAGUUUUACUAGGCCAUAGAGGACCAAUCAGAUGUCUUACUGCAUUUUUGGGGCAUUCAGGGGAGGAGGUUGAGGAUGGUUGCACAAUCUGCACUGGCAGUCUUGAUGGAGUCCUCAAGGUAUGGCGCCUAACACGUACAAAAAGUGCAAGUGGAAACUACGUAAAAAAUGAUUGUUUUGGGUUGGACGAUGGAGUUUAAGUAAUUUGUGUUCGGAGA